UCCUUCACUUCAAAUUAUUGUAUGUUCGGUUGUGUGUUUAUUUAGUUUUGUUUUUGCCCCUGAUGCUUUUAUUUCAGUUGUAGAGUUUGCAUAACCUGACGUUAAAUGUUGUAGCUCAGUCUAGACAGUGUGAGGUUUUGUUUGGUUAGCGUUUUAGGUUUGCGUGGCGUUUUUGUUACACUUUUCGUUCCAGUGCCUUUGUUAGAUAUGUCAACUCUAUCCACGAGUAGGAGGAAGCGAAAGGCAACUGUAGUUGAUGGUGAAAGCGGGGAGUCAUCAUCGUCUUCUGGUUUUAUCCUCGGUUCUCAAACAGCUGCUCAGUCAGUAAGGCGCUCUACAAUUCUUAGGGCUUCAUCGUUCCAGCGUGUCCUUCAAAGUCCAUUGUCCGCACAACCUAAUACUCAGGUGAGUGGACAAACGGCUUCAACAUCAGGUAGUGUGUCUGCGCCUGGUCCAGCGUAUAUUGAUUUGGGGGAUUGUACUAAUGUUUGUGAAUAUUGUGGGGCUCUUUUUUGGCACGAAGAAAGACUGAAAUCAUCACCUCAAAAAAAUAGACCAAGGUACAAUAUGUGCUGUAGAGAAGGCACUGUGCGAAUUGACUUUCCAAGGGAACCACCAGUCUAUAUAAAGGAAUUGUAUUCUAUGGCGCAUUUUAUGGAAAAUAUACGCGCUUACAAUUCCAUGUUCUCAAUGACUUCCUUCGGUGCAAAUGUAGAUCAUGAAAUUAAUCAUACUCCCGGGCCCUAUGUUUUUAAGGUUGCUGGUCAGGUAUCACAUUGGUUGGGGUCCUUAUGUCCUCCCGUGGACAACAAACCACGGUUCCUUCAGAUGUAUAUUUAUGAUACAGAAAACGAGGUCGAGAAUAGGCUUCGGUUUUUUGAAGGUGACACUCGGAGUCCUUUAUCAGCAGACAUUGUUUCUACUCUUGCUCGAGUUCUUUCAGAUGUGAACGGGUAUGUAAAGCUUUUCAGGAGCGCAAGAGAUAUAUGUUCUCUUCAGGAGGUCCCAAAUUUUGCGAUAAAACUGUACAAUAGUCAUACCCGAAAAAACUAUGAAAUGCCAUCUACUGGAACUCUUGGUGCUAUUAUCUGUGAUAACGAUCCGUUAGCAACUGACUAUGACAUCGUUAUCCAUAGCAAAGAUGGUAAUCCAAGACGCGUGUAACGCCCCAAAAUCUGAAUGUUAAUAUUUGUCGGAUGUUCCUUUAUGACACGUCAUGAAAUAAAUAACUAGGCUAUUUAACAUAGUUAAGGGUAUGGUCAAAAGUAUUAAGUAAUGAAAGGUAGUGUCAUUUAUGUUUUAAAGGAAAACCCGAGGGGCUAAAGUGGAAACAACUGAAAGUUGUUUACUAAUUAAAAGAUCAACACACACACACAAACACACAUACGUGUGUGUUCGUGAAGCUUCAGGAGCUCUCAAGAACUCCAAACCCUAAACAUGAAAGAUCAUCCAAAUUGAAAGGCUAAAUGAUGCUUAAAUCUAUAACCGAGCAUGGAUUAAUGAUCACCAACAUGAGGAGAUCAUAAGAUAGCAUGUCUACGGGCUCAAGCACGGAGGCUAAUGGGUCAAAAGAAAGCAUGGAACCUAUGCUUGAACUUGGACGCUCAAGUGUAACGCAGGUACAAUGAGAAAGUCUCACCACGGAAUGUACGA